AUGAAGCGACACCGGCAAAAGUGUACUCUGCUUCAUCCACCCGGCAACGAGAUCUACCGUUGUGAAGAUAUCAGCUUUUUCGAAAUCGACGGCCGUCGGCAAAAGACUUGGUGCAGGAACCUGUGCUUACUGAGCAAGUGCUUCCUCGACCACAAGACUUUGUACUAUGACGUCGACCCCUUUCUUUACUACGUGAUGUGCCAACGCGACAACACAGGCUGUCAUAUGAUCGGCUACUUCUCCAAGGAAAAGGAGAGUGCCGAAGGCUACAAUGUCGCUUGUAUUCUUACACUUCCACAGCAUCAGCGCAGUGGAUUCGGGCGCUUGCUGAUUGAGUUUUCGUACGAGCUUUCCAAGCGCGAAAACAAGCUUGGUAGUCCGGAAAAGCCCUUAUCCGACUUGGGCUUACUUGGGUAUCGUGCCUAUUGGUCUGAGACGAUCGUCGAGCUUCUUCUCCAUACGAACGAGGAAGUCAGUAUUGACGACAUUGCCAACAAGACAUCGAUCGUGCAUGCAGAUGUCCUCCAGACUUGCCAAGCCCUUAACAUGCUCAAGCAAUACCAGGGCAAACACUAUCUGGUCCUGUCGGAUGCCAUUAUAGAAAAACACGAACGCCAAAUGAAAAAGAAGCGCCGGCGCAUCCAUCCUGAACACUUGCAUUGGAAACCACCCGUCUUUACUCGAGACCAACUCCGCUUCGGCUGGUGA